UUGGCUUGUCAUCAAUUGCUUUGUCUUUGAAUUCUUCAUUAUCAACCACGUGGUUAGUUUUAGUGGUCUGGUGUACUCACGUUCACCUGUUAGGACUCGGAGCCCAGCUUGAACUGCUAUUGCGCAAUAUAGCCCAAUAAGCAAUGUAAAUUAGACGUUUAUUCUUCAUUGCAUGCAUAGCUAUUGCUGACAACGAGGAUGAAGAUGAUGUAUAGCUCAUCAAAACACGAAAAGCUCCUAUUUAAAAAAAUGUACAGCAUGUCAAAAUUCUGAGAUUGCAACUGUAACGAAAACCAGCAUACGGAGGCCACCAGCUCCGUCAAAAAGGCUAAACUUCACAAUAUUUUCACUAAGGUUUUGCAGUGCGGAUUUUAUUUUUACAUACUGCUGUAAAACGUGUGGUAACAGUUGCCUUUUAUUACCAUGGGAAUAAAAAUCCCAACCCACCGACAGUCGCAUGGACGAGGCACGUCCCCUUUAAAUUUCCCACGCGCUGCAGAAAGGUAAGGAGUGGUACUCCGUGGUGGCACGGGGACGCGCGCGUUCGCUUGCCCGCUCAGUCUCCGUGGUCUCUUUGUAUGCACAACAAUGUCCGACUGCAGACUUGCCUCUAAGCAGUAAAAAAAAAAAAAAAAAAAACGGACUUGUGGCAAUUGCGAAUUAAAUCACAGAUACAAUUACAAACCAAAUACGGCGCCGUUCCUCUAAUUAACGAUUGGAAUGCAAGAAUUGAGACGGCGAUUGAAACUGAGGAUCCAUCAAUGUGUUCCGUCAAACACGGGUGAUUUUUUUUAUUUUUUAUUUUUUACAUGCAUGCCAUUUAAAUGCAAUGCCUGGUAAUUGCGAGAAUUCGAAUGUCUAGUGCUUGUUCAAAUUGCAUGGAGUUAACCACACACGUCGAACGACCAGUUUGACAGCGCAGACAGCCACGGCUUGAGCAUGUCACGGCGGCCAGUCACCUCCCUGCGCGUUUUACCCGGGUCCUCUAACAUCACUCAAAAAAGCAAUAAAACAAAAUUUAAUGUAUAGCACGACAAAUCAAGACAUGCAUAAUGCCGGGAUGGUUUGUUUGCGGAUGCAUGAACGUGGAUGCACAAAUGAGUCCACCUGUCACACAGAAGAAUAUUGGGAGACGCUAAGGACACUGGGGACGUCCAAUUUUGCUGAGGGUAGCAUCUCUGGAUUUUAGAGGGAGCUUUGGGGUUGAAGAAAAACACUGUCCCCGCCGCCAGCAUCACCUUCUUCAAUACCCCCCCGCCCCCCCCCCUCCCCCCAGCUGUUUCUCUUCUGAUUCCAAACGGCAACCUAUUGAUGAGGGAGAGAGGCAAGCCGUGCGGAAGCGGCUCAGCCACAUCGGUCACCCCCCUUAACACGGCGCUACGGGGGAGCUAACGGUGGCUGCAUACAGAAGAAGUGACACCUGAAUGAAUUUCAGGACGCGGACGUAGGGGGGGCGUGGGAUCUGAGACCCCGGAGUAUCAUCCGCGGCACUGCCGGCUGCCCGAAACCACGUUAACGGCGGCAUCCGCCACCCACACCCUUGUUUUUAGGUAAAGGAGGCGACGCUCCAUUUGCAGAUUGAUUUAUGCAGAAUCCAGCAGCCUUGAGUUCUCUAUGGUGUUGAGAAUCUUCCCUGCCUAAGUCUCCAACAGCACCAGGCUUCACUGGAAGGUGCAGGCCGCGCCCCCUGACCCCAUCCAGCCCCCCCCUGUUCAGAAUGACUGUAGCCACCGCGGAUCCAUCCGACGAGGCGGCGGCACAACCUGGCAACCCUCACGAUGCCUACAACCCGGAGGUUGACCACGAGUGCUGCGAGAGGGUGGUCAUCAACAUUUCGGGCCUGCGCUUCGAGACGCAGCUCAAGACCCUGUCCCAGUUCCCCGAGACCCUGCUGGGGGACCCCAAAAAGCGCAUGCGCUACUUUGACCCGCUGAGGAACGAGUACUUCUUUGACAGGAACCGCCCCAGCUUCGACGCCAUCCUCUACUACUACCAGUCAGGCGGGAGGCUGCGGCGGCCGGUCAACGUGACCUUGGACAUUUUCUCGGAGGAGAUACGGUUCUACGAGCUGGGGGAAGAGGCUAUCGAGAUCUUUCGGGAGGACGAGGGCUUUAUAAAGGAAGAGGAAAGGCCUCUGCCAGACAAUGAGUUCCAGAGACAGGUGUGGUUGCUCUUUGAGUACCCCGAGAGCUCAGGACCCGCCAGGAUUAUUGCCAUCAUAUCUGUGAUGGUCAUCCUCAUCUCCAUCGUAAGCUUCUGCCUGGAGACCCUGCCCAUGUUUCGUAAUGACGAAGAGGAGAUGCACAAGGUCCACCAGCCUUUCUCCAACACCACCUCCAGCUACCAGUCCACCUACUUCACCGACCCCUUCUUCAUCCUGGAGACCCUCUGCAUCAUCUGGUUCUCCUUUGAGUUCCUGGUGCGCUUUUUCGCCUGCCCCAGCAAAGCGGGCUUCUUCGUCAACAUCAUGAACAUCAUUGACAUUGUGGCCAUCAUCCCGUACUUCAUCACCCUGGGCACCGAGCUGGCCGAGAAACCAGAAGAUGGUCAACAGGGACAGCAGGCCAUGUCCCUGGCCAUCCUCAGAGUAAUCCGGCUGGUGCGCGUAUUCCGGAUCUUCAAGCUCUCCCGGCACUCCAAGGGGCUCCAGAUCCUGGGCCAGACCCUGAAGGCCAGCAUGCGCGAGCUGGGCCUGCUUAUCUUCUUUCUCUUCAUUGGAGUCAUCCUCUUCUCCAGCGCCGUGUACUUCGCCGAAGCAGAUGAGCCGGAGUCCCAGUUCUUGAGCAUCCCCGAAGCCUUUUGGUGGGCCGUGGUCUCCAUGACAACAGUUGGCUACGGCGACAUGGUCCCCACCACUAUUGGCGGAAAGAUUGUGGGGUCGCUCUGCGCCAUCGCCGGCGUGCUGACCAUCGCCCUGCCCGUACCCGUCAUAGUCUCCAACUUCAACUACUUCUACCACCGAGAGACGGAGGGAGAGGAGCAAGCCCAGUAUCUUCAGGUCACCAGCGUCCCUAAGGGGGACUCAAACGAGGAUCUGAAGAAGAGCCGCAGCGGUUCUACUCUCAGCAAGUCGGACUACAUGGAGAUCCAAGAAGGGGUGAACAACAGCAUUGAGGACUUCCGGGAGGAGAACCUCAAGACAGCCAACUGCACACUGGCUAACACCAACUAUGUCAACAUCACAAAGAUGCUCACGGAUGUAUAACCUCUUGGGAUACUCAUGGAUGGGGGUAGUGGGUGGGGACUGGGACAUUAGUGAGCUGGUGUCAGAGGUAAGGGUUUACUCUCCCAUUUGGACAGGUUUGGAAACCAAGUUGGUAGAACCAGGAAAAGACCCUGUGCCCUCUAAACCCCCCCCCCCCCAUUCCCAACCCAAACCCCAAUCUCUCCCCCACCUGUGCUCUCUAUCCUUACGGAUCCAAUUCCACAUUCCUUUUUGGUGUCUGCAUGGAGAUAGUCUUGUCUGUGUGACUGUUCAAUAGUCAAUGUCCUGAUUGUGACCGUAGCCAAAGCAGUUAACAACUAUAAAGGGAAAACAUACAUGAACUGCAUGAAGGGGUUCUCACUCCAGCUUAAGAUCCCACCUCUCCUCUCCUCCACUAUGCGCCCCCCCCCAAAGCCCACCCCCGACGCCCCCCGCCCUGCCUGCAUGUCUCCUUGCGCCCAGUUGUAGACACACCCCAUUUCCCUGUAAUUUCAAAGGCCAUGCCAUGCUUCAGUUUUCGCCUUCUUUCUUUAGGAUGGCGACAAAAGCUCAGUCUUUACACGUUCAGAGUCAGAGGAGAAUCUGGCAUCUCCUGAUAAGCGUAAUAAACACUGAGCCCACCAAAGCUGCCGUAUCAAAAAUAUGAAGAAUGUCAGUUAAUUAUGUACAUGGACGCCAUGUACUAUCGUACGUGAAUGAGACCUGCGUAUUACUGCCCCAACCACAAUCCUGAAUUUUUGUUGCUGUCAGAAGAGCCCUGUAUGUAUUUACAGUGCAAACCCUUUUUGCCCACGCAAGACCAGCUGCAGAGCUUUGAAAUCAGUGAAUAUCUAUUUAAUUUAUUAUUUAUUUUAUUUAUAUUUAAUUUUAAUUAGUGGGGCUCAGAAAUGCGAGCCAGUUGGGACGUAAUCCUUCCUCCUCCUCUCUCUUUGUCUGCGUGAAAGAGGGGGGAGGGAGGUGUUUCACAACCACGCAGAACUUAUUACAUGCUGCUUACCUUCCAUUUGCCCCCCCCUCAAAAAAAAAAGAAAACCCAUGCCCAAAUUCCACCCCUCCCCUUAUCAAGUAGUCUUCCUGCCUCCUGCUUGUUGGUAACUCAUUAAUAUGAGUUCUGUUGUGGUAAUGCAGCUGGUUCUUAGCUCUAGAUACCAGGGGCAGGAAUUGUGUGGACACGUUAUUCAAACCUUGCUUUGACCUUGAAUCAGAUAGCCACCUGACUUCUCGGGCUCAGCCAACACAUGCAACCGAACCCCCUCAAGAGCACUGCUUCUUAAACUUGUUAAUAUCGGGACCCAAAUUAGAAAUACUUUUCAAAGUCGGGACCCAAAAUAGAAGAUUAGUACCUUAAGGGACCCGUCAAAUACACUAGUAUAGCUAUAGCGCUAGUAUAGUAUAGCCUAGUGGACUACAGGCUCAUUCCAGGACCCCCCGUCCCCAUACACUGCCACCACCCAUUUUGGGUCCCGACCCAUAGUUUAAGAAACACUGACUCGAGAGAGUCAUUUCUAUUUAUAUCCAUCCGAUGCUAAAUUACUGUUCUUAAAUUUUGUUUCAUCUUCAUGUGCAGUACAUACUUCAGUGAAACCUGAAAUAUCGAUUGCCCUGAAACUCCAUUUUCAACUAGUAGGAGCUAUUCUACCUAUCUAUUGCUGCAUGGCCUAAAACAAUCCUUGUAGCAUGCAAUUCAGUAUGACAACAGUUAAAAACAAAACUAAUAAUAAUUAUGAAUACUAUACCUUUUUUAGUCAAACAUGCAUUGAAAUAAUGUGUUUUUAUAUUAUGUUACUAAGUGUGCUAAAAGUUUUGCUACUUUAUCAUAAUUUUGAACACUAAUACUGUAGGCCGAUUUUGGGUAAUGUCCAUGAGAAGGUUGCUCAUUUUCCUUGGUUUGGGGAGGAGGACAGAGUGCCAAAAGAACCUGACACUAACUGCCCAGGAACAAAAUGUAUGAGGAGUGGAGUUAUUGUAGGGUUGCCCCAAGAACAGUCCAUUUUGACCAAGAUUUUGCCUCCUGUGUAAAUAAUAAUCUCUGUCCCAAGAUGCCGCUCAAAUCCGAUAACAAAAACACAUUUUCCAAGAGGUCAGCACCCAAGUGCUGAAUUUUGGGGAAAGUUACCUUCUGCCCGAAUGUACUGCACUGUUGCUGCUUGUUUUAGCUGGAGGCAGCAUCAUUAUCACAGGGGCUCAGAGUGUUAGAGUUUAUGCCCGCACGACCUUAAGGGCAGUGAUCUGCAAGCUCAGCGGUGCGUUGCGUUGAGUCUGGGCUCAGCAUUAGUCCUCUGCCAAAAAAGCCCACUUGCCUCUCCGGUUCAGGAUUAGGUUAGGUUAGCUUAGCGUAGCCCGGUCACAUGUCACAAGAGUUUGUGGGCCGGAAAAUGACAACCUUCUGGUGUGGCUGAAGCUGUUCUUUCCUCGGUAUCUCUGUGGGGUCACAGAUCUUGCUCAUGCGUACGGGGGGACUCUGUUACUGAGCGGAAGUCUGAGCUGGUGCUGAGGAGGAGUAGAGCAUGACCUGAGGCUCCACGGAGAAAUUUAUCUGCUCUCUAUUCUUCAGCCGUGUGUAUGUGUGUGUGUGCAUGCGUAUGUGUGUGUGUGUGUGUGUGUGUGCGUCCGGACCGGCAGCAAUAUCCAUCAUAUCCUCCGAAGGAGACCGCAAGGUCCAAUUUGAAACCUGACACUGCAGAUCAGACACAGACUUCCGGUGUUCUCUGUCGAAAAGGCAGCUCCCUCCAAAGUGAGCUCCCUCUGAGGGUAGCAUCCUAUCGGAAACUGAGCCUCAACGGGCCACAAAUCUGGAACGCACUUUGAAGGCAGGAUAGCGUCACAGAAAAUUAACGCAAUUACUAGCAGGUUAAGCUGGCUACUUCAUGGAACGCUUCCCAAGGCUUAAACGCAUUACAUACACAUUACUGCAGUGUAUUAAAUAAUUUAAAUGUAUAUUUUAGAUACAACUACAACAAAUUGGAGUUCACCGUGUACUCACACUUGUAAACAAGCGCCUGCGCUGCUGCUUUCCUGUUUUCAGCCGCCAUUGUUUCAACAGAAGCACAAAGACCUAUGGGAUAGCCUAUCAGAUGAAGCGUACAUCGAUGCUGCCUUCGAGUUUAACUGAAAUAAUGCCCCGUAGGACUAUUAUUUGACAAUUUCGGUUAGGGACAUGCCUACAAAGGACAAGUGUGCAAAAUAGUCAAAAAUACUGCCUUCAAAUGUUGCCUUCCGACGCAGCUGACCUCUCUGCCUUCUGCUGAGCUACAGCCGUGGACCAACUGAAAAGUUUCAGCUCUGAAAACAAAAUCAGGAUUAAGUGAGUGAGGUUCUGUUGAAAGGCUACAUGGGCUGGCCUGGCCUGCCUGAAUUCACACUGCCAGGGUCUGAGCAGAGGACUGAGAGCCCACUCUGUGUAGCCAUUCUCCCCAUAGACCACAUCACAUAACAAACAGGCACUGAAGCCUAGUUAGCGAGCUGCUCCCAUAAAAGCAGUUGUAAGCAGGAAAGGCAAGCGAUAAGUAUUACAGCACAUUGAACGUGCCACGGUCACGGUGAGAACUUUCGGCCAUUCUGUAAUCAGUGAAGUGGGGCAGAAUGCGUGUGCCCGUUCUCACUCAGAGAGGGACGCGGGGAGACGGGAUGCAGGCGUGUGCCUGUGUUUGUUUUGUUUUUUUGAGUGUUCGGUAUGCAGAGGAGAUAUCGAUCUCUCAGCGGCCCAGGGUCUCAGUUAUGGUCAGUGUCUCCCGGGCUGCCGGGCGAGGGGGGGGGGGGUAGUGGGGUAGUGGGGGCUGUAAAUGAUUCUGGGGCAGAGGGGGCUGGAGCAGGCUAGCCAUUUAUUUCCAGGAGACGGUAUUGAUUUGUGAGCCGCUCCGGACAACUGCCCCCACUUCCCCCCCCCCCCCCCCAUCCAUUACAGACAGGUCCCUGGAGUGACCCUCCCAAAAAGACAUGGCCAUCCUGUGGUUGGGGGGGGUGGGGCGAGAGGUUCUGUCGCAAAAACAGAGCCCUGCAACUUGGUGUGUCUGUGCGCGUGUGUGCGUGUGUGUGAAUGAGGGGGUGCGAAUGUGUGCGUUAGUGGCAUUUUUGUGGUGUAACUCAGCUGUUUAGUCCAUGUAAUCAUGUGUGUUGCAUCUGUUCAACAAGAAGGCCUGGAUUCCGGAAUCUUCUGUGUAAAUGCUGAUUUAUUUAUUAUAAUUUUUUAAUCCAAGAAGAAAACUUAGGGGGAACAAAACAUAGUUAUACAAAGACGGGGGGGAUUCUAUGCUGUAUAACUAUGACGUCUGGAUAUCAACUUUAUGUGAUGCACUUUACAAGGACCACAAAAGGACAAACUGAAAGACAAUCUAUUUUAAAAAAAAAAAAAAAGACUGCAAACAGAAUGUGCAUAGCUAAUCCUUCCAAAUGAUCAUAACCAUCGUAAGUCAUAUCAAAUGAUAAUAACAAUAAUAACCUCAACAAACUGUGUUGUGUUUCUUUCUGAGUUAAAUCUUUG